AUGCCCAGUCGAUUCUCGUCAACAACACAUCUUUGUCUCUUCUCUGAUCCGUUCCUCCCUGAUCUGCUGCCUCAGUCCUCUGCUCCGUUGUCUCAAACCUCUGCUCCCAGAUCGCUAGCAGCAGUCCUUUUUAUUGAAAAAGUGACCGUGAUAUCGAUUAUCUCUCUUUGUAUCUCUCUCUCUCUCUCUCUCUUUAUCUCUCUCCAUCUCUCUCUCUCCCUCUCUCUAUUUCGCUCUCUCACUGUCACCCUCUUUCGCUUUGUCUCUGGGCAUAACUUUCUCCUCCUCGUUCUCCCUUUCUUUCCGUUUAGCUUUAAAUGUGUCUUUAUCUAUCUCUCUCCCUCUCUCUCUCUCUCUCUCUCUCUCUCUCUCUCUCUCUCUGGACUUCACUAUCUCCAUCGUUCUCACUCUCUCUCUUUCUGUUCUGUAUCUAUCUAUCUAUCUAUCUAUCUAUCUAUCUCUCUAUCUAUCUAUCUAUCUAUCUAUCUAUCCAUCUAUCUGUCUGUCUCGAAUAUUCAACUCGUUUUCGUUCUUGCAAUUGGCGCCAUGCAUCCUCGUCCAUCGCCUCCUCCACAAGGGCACAGUCGACAAGGCUGGGGAUGGGACUCUACCGUCGAUAACAGACACAUCCAAACUACACAAAAGAAGAAAUAUGGAAAACAAUGA